AUGUCGUCCAAGUCCAAGAAGCGCAGGGCUGCUGAUGAGUCUGACGAGGACCAGAGGCCAGCACCAAACGUUGCCAAAAAGACAAAGCUCGGCGUUGCGGCAGACGGCGAGGACGAUGACGGCAAUCCGUUCUGGGAGCUGUCAAGCAAGCGCCGUGUCGGCGUGUCAGAGUUCAAGAAAGCGUGUCUCGUUAAUAUCCGAGAGUACUAUGAGAAAGACGGCAAGCUACUUCCAGGCAAGAAGGGAAUCUCGUUAUCCGUCGACCAGUAUACGGCUUUGUUGAAAGCAGCACCUGCCAUCAACGCUGCUCUUCGCAAAAAGGGCCAGAAUUUGGAGCACCUUGACGACCUGACCGGCGCAGCCGUCGAGCCAGCAAAGCCGGGAAAGAGGGAAGCCAGCAAGCCGUCCAGGGCAAACAUCGAGGCAACAAGCGACGAGGACGCCGAUUAA